AUGUCUGAGCCACUCACUGGUCACAAGCCUCAGCCUGCGGAUGAGUGCAUGAUAGGCUCAAAUGCACUGCAGUUUCUGGAUAGGACGUUCUAUGAUGAAGCCGACAUGGACUUGUACAUCCAUUCAGGACAUGCAAGAGAGGUUAUGGACUAUGUUGUUGAAAGAGAAGGCUAUGAAUUCAAGCCACAUUCCAAGCAACCUCGCGAUUACCGGAAGCUUGUUUCUGAUAAAUGGGACAAUUCUCGACUACCUUUGAAGACCGGAACAUUCUUCAAGUUUGGCACACAAGACCGCUGCAUGACGUUAAUGUAA